CUGGGGGUGUUGGCCGAUUUCAUCAUAGAUAUAACAAAUCAUUCUAUAUCAUGUUUAUCUCCACCAGAAAGGGUUGAUCAAAUAAGGCUAGCCCAUCAAAUGGGGGUCCUAAAUGCAAAAGUUUAUCACGGAGUUGAUUAUGAUAGUCCAAAAUAUGCCUUAUUAAUAUAUUCAGAUCAAGUUCACCAAUAUAAAGAUGCAGUGCAACGAAUACGAUUUACCACUGGAAAAGUCUUGGAAUAUGCUGAGAUGAUUGCCUCGAGGUGUAAUGAAUAUGGGCGGGCUAUUGUCAUGGUAUCUGAUAACAUUCAGUUUUUGCUAAGGAAGCAAGAAAUUUUAACUUCAACUGGUUUAACAGGGUGUAUCAAGAACGUCAGAGAAGCAUUUAGAGAGGAGAUGUGUAGUGACAUAAUAUCUUGGAUUUUUGAGUUUACGCAAUCAAAUAUUGCAAAAUACAACUGGGCUGUAAGGUGCACGAUUUCUAGGUCUUUUUUGCGUCCUUAUAACCGUGGCUGCAUGGACCAAUGGUUGGAUGUAUAUCAUGAUAAAGUAUUGUUGAACCCUUUAUGCUUAAGAACAAAUUCAAAAGUUUCAACAACCUCUGAUACCAGCUCGAACGAAUCAAGUUGGAACCUCUCUGAAGAGUUGAAAAAUGAUUGUCAGUAUUAUGAUUCCAUUAAAGAGACCGAUACUUACAACGGCUCAAGACUACAAUUUCUAUUAUUAUUUGAUGUGAGAUUUUGCAAGAAAACAAGGAUUGACUUGCACAAUAUUUACAUUCCCCCUAUUGCCAAGAACUCAGUCUACGGAAAAAUGCUUGUUGCGCAGUUUAUUGAUAUCUAUGAUAAUAUUCUCACGUUAUUUUUGUUGGUUGAUAGAGAACCAGAAUUAUCAGUUAUGCCUCUACUUUCAACUCAGUUAUUUAGCUCACCGUCUAAUGACAGCUUGAUUCUAAAGCAUGGUGAUAUGGUCAAAAUGAUUCGUUCUAUUUACAGCUACGUCACCACUGGUCAGACCACUAAUACCUUGCAAUCAGACAAUCUAAUGCAGUCAAACAUAUCCGGUGUUGUUUUUUCAACAUUGAAAAAUAGAAAAUGGGCACACGUUCUACUCGAUUUAUCAUAUGUUAUUACUCGAAAUCCUGAUAUUGAUAAUAUAUUCACUAUUUUUUUGUGUUUUCCUGAGUAUGUACACUUUUUGGGUGUAUUUCAAAGUAAGCCUGUCUUUCAGAGGGAAGCAGAAAAGCACGUGGAGUAUGAAAGCCAGGAUUAUACCGUAUUUUUCAAUGCAGUUUCUGUGAUUUCCCACUUCUCUGAGAACUUGGGGAAAAUACUCAGCAGACCGUUUACUGAAACAUUGUACAUUAUUAUCAUACGAAAAAUAAUUGAGCUAACCUUCAGUGACAAGCAAGAAGAUGACUCAUUGGGAAGAUUUUACCAUAAGAUAAUUGAUGACAAAGAAGAAGCAAUUUGUUUACAAUCCUGCCAAGAAUUUCCGGGUUUUAAUGUAAUAAAAUUUGAUGUUAUGAAGGGCAAAGUAAGCUUUUUACAUCCAUUGCAUAACAUGUUUUCCUGGCUGGUUGAAAUGGAUCAAUCUAUGGACUCUGAGAGGUCAUUGCUUAACUUGAUGGAUAUUAUACAAGGAGAAUAUGAAUUUUAUUUGAAUGAAAAAGUUGGAUCUAACAGCAAGGCGAUUGGAGAUCUUCAACUCUCUAAAUAUGAAGGAGUUAUGGGCUUUUUCGAUAUCCCUUUGAGAAAAAUUGUUCUUAUCUCUCAAAUAAAGGUUGGUUUAUGGGUAAGAAACGGUACUAGUGUUAAAAGUCAAAUGAAUUUGUAUCGAUACGGUGCAAGUAGAGAAUUCGGUUAUAUGAGAGAUCUAUUUCUGUGCCAAGUUUAUGUUGGCUACUUUAGAUAUGCACAGUUAGUCAUGUAUACCAUUUUCGAUAGAUGGAAAUUGCUGUCUUGGGUAAAUGGAAACCUUUCAACAUUGCCGUACCCACCACAUCAUAUGCAAGCCAUACUUGAAGAAUUCAUUUUGUUCAUGAUAUAUCUUGUCACUGAAGACUUACACUUGCAUAAGAAAGAUGCAGUUUAUGUUUCAGAUCAACUAAUACAGAGAGAAAUUGUACAUUCCUUGUGUUUUGACUCCAAGAAUCAUAACGAGAUUACUAGUUGCAUACCUGACCAUGUAUGUUCAUUGAGAAGGUUUCCUAUAGUUUUUCAAAAAUGUGUGGAACCUGUAAAAGAUUAUGAUGAAAUUGCGGAAGAACGACUUUAUAGAUUGAAACCAGAGUUGAUAGAUACGAUUGACCCCUACUACGUUCACUUCAACUCAAACAGAAGAGAUAGUUGCAUUUCAAAAAUGAAAGAAUAUAUUGCUCGCAAGAUGAACAUAAAUCCCAUUAAUGUUGUGAUUGAGCCAAAAGUUAUUGACUGGAGAGAUAGCCCAUUUGAGAGAGUUGUGGAUGUGUUGUUGGACGAAAAGCUUCUUUUGUUUUUGCAUACAACUUUACUGCAUUGUAAGCUUCAAAUCUCAAAUGAUACCAACUCUCAACGGAAAAAUGCAACUAAAGAAAACCACGAAUCAUUGCUUAGCUUGACACUACACUUAACGCAUAUAGCUAUGAAACACAAGAAUAUUAAAGAAGUUAAGGACAUUGAGCUUUCUAAACUUUUUGUGGAAUUGCUGAGUAUUUAUGAAUGCAAUGUUGUUAUCGAACUAAAUGCUAAGGUGAAGAGCAUUAUGCAUAUAAUUUACAAUAUUCUCAAAAGUAUGCAGUUUGAUUUUCAGCAAAAUAUACCAAAGUUUAAUCCUGACAUUUUCAGUACUAACUUCGUUAAAACAGAAAACGAGAGCAGAUCUAUUAAUGAUUUAUCGUACGAUAGGAAAAAAAAGUUAGCCAAAAAGAAACGUAACAAGCUGCUGGCGAAACUAAAGAAACAACAGCAAAAAUUUGCUGAAAAUUUCAUGGUGGAUGAUUACAAUAGUGUGGACGGAACUUACAAUGACGGUGAAAUGGAGGACGAUAGUGAUACCAGCUGUCCCUCAUGGAAAUAUCCUGAACACACAUGUUUACUUUGCCAUAUGCCUCCGGCUGAUGAGAAAGAGGUUUUUGGCGUUUUUAGUUAUAUUACUGAGAGUAACGAAUUCAGAUAUGUGCCAACACAGAAUGAUUAUUGGUUCUACAAGGCAUUUGGAGGGAACUCAAGUUUAGAUGAAUCAGCUUGUUCAAAUGAAAGACUGAAUAAUUUCAUUGCUAAAUCUGAAUAUGAGAGUGUGAUUGGGCCUGGUUUCCCUAGCGCUGAUGAAGAGUUAAACGGCAGUGGCUACAAUGAUAAUAUGGCACUAAUUACAAGCUGCUCUCAUGGUAUGCACGACCAAUGUUUUAAGCAAUAUUAUGAGGCUUCAAUGGAUAAACAGCUCUCCCAAAUUACAAGGACUGUACCAGAAAAUAUUCAAAGGCGUGAGUUUAUCUGUCCUUUAUGCAAAUCUAUUAACAACGUGUUCAUUCCAGUUUAUUAUUCUAAAAAUAACAAAAGGUUUGACAAAAACUUUGAAAGACAUUUGAAUACUAAAGAUAUAUUAAACCCUUUUUUGGACGAUAAGUUGCUAAAAAAUCCUAAUUUGUUAGCGGGUAUAAGAGAUGAACUAAUUGAGAAUGUGAAAGCUAGUAUGAAACCUAAAGAUUGGUUUAUUGACGAGGAGCUUGAAUUUGAUGGAUCAAAAAAAUACACAUUCAAUAGCAAAUCAAAAAUUCCUUUGGCCCUCAAAGAUUGUUUAAUUGCAGUUACAUCUGUUUCUCCCCCAUUCGAAUCAUUUGGACUAGUUAUAAGUAAAACCAUUGAAUCUUUGGAGAUAUUGUUAAGAGGUGAGGGCUAUAACGAACAAAGUCAGCAAAAGCUACUCAUUUUCCAGCUUAAUAACCGUUCUCUCACUACCAUUAGAAUAUGGCUACAAAUUAGUGAAAUCUUCAAAUCUACGCUAGGAAUACAAAGAGAUGACAUAUUGGCAAAGGAUAAUUCACACCUAUAUUCGCAAAGUCUGGUCGGAUCCUAUUCCAACCUAUUUCAAGAUGAUAAUCUUAUGUUCAAUGGGCAGGACUAUUUUACGGGUCUAAUUCAUUGUGAAGAGGUAAAAUAUAUUGGCUACCCAUUUCAGAAAUUGGUCGGAAUUUUUUUUGUCAAGCACAUCAAGCAAUCAAUCAUGAAAGUUCUUGUGAUAUUGAUGAAUCGAGACGAACGGAUCAGGCUUGGUGUUGCCAGCUCUGAAAGAUUCGACAUUUUAGGUGCUGAUAAGUUUGAAGGUAACAGAGAUCAUCUAAGAAAAAUUAUUUGCAACUUCAUAGAUGUUGAUACUUGCAAUGAGGCAUUAGUAGACGUUGUUUACAGUAUGACGAUAAGGCUAAUAACACCGUUUAUCAGAAAGUGCCUCAUUUUGGCGUACGCAAAAUAUGCAAGAUUCGAUGAAACGCAGGUCAAGGUCAAUAAUGGAUUACGAGAGUGUGAUCGGAUUUGUGAGGUGCUCAAAGUGCCCAAAGUUGACGAUAUUAUCGAGAAACUUGAAGUGGUGUUUUUUAAGCUGGUGAGUACAAAGCAAAAGAAGGAGUUGUUGAGGUCGAGGGUAGCUUAUCCUGGAAUGAUUAGACUCAUCAACCUGCCCGAAGAAUUAAACGAUCUUUACAUUCGUUACUACAACCUAAUUGAUGAGAAGGACAGGGCAGAAGAACCUGCUAUAUGUCUGUUUUGUGGUGAUAUUAUCGAUGUGCAAAAAAAUCGUUAUGGCGACGAGUUUGGGUCGUGUACCAUGCACCUACGCUGGGAAUGCAUAAACGGAGGAAGGGGGCUUUUUUUCCUCCCUCGAAACAACUGUUGUUUGCUAUUGGACAACGGGAAAGGGUGUUUUAUUGACAGUCCAUACCGCGAUGCUCACGGCGAGACCGAUAAAGACUGCAAGAAGGGGCACAAUUUGAGGCUAAGCAGACGCAAAUACGAGGAGUUUCAGAAAAGCGUGUGGUUGACCCACAACAUUCAAAACGUGAUUGCUCAGAAACUCGAGAAUCUUACAGAUAUAGGAGGGUGGUGCACGCUA